UAGACGCUAUGCUGAUUACCUGCACUUCUCCCUCGCAGGUAGGAAAGAAUGGCAGAACCAUUGGAGAAUUGAACCAUUUGGGGGUUUCAAAUAUCGGUUCAACAGAUGAAUUCAAUAUAUUAUAAGGCAAAUAGUAAACCAUAUACUAAUCAGACAAGUUGAGAAUGAUGGCAGAAACUGAAGAUACUCAGUUGCAAAAAGCAAUAUUUGCACAAUAUAUUAUGAUGAAGAAAUUAUUCAUGGAGCUAGAAGAGGAGAGAGAAGCUUCAGCAACCGCUGCAAGUGCAGCCUUGUCGAUGAUUCGAAAGCUUCAGAAGGAGAAGGAGCAGCAGAGGAUGGAAGCAUGGCAGUACAAGCGGAUAGCUGAGGAAAAGAUUAGCCACAGUGACAAAGUACUGGAGAUUCUACAGGAAGUCCUGCAGCAGAAGGAAUUGGAGACUUCUUAUCUGAGAAACCAAUUGCUGGUAUAUAAACACAAGCUAUUGGGUGUUGGUAUUGAUGAUUGUGAUAUUGCAGAUGAGACCAUAACUAACAAUAUACCAUUAUUUGAAAGCAAAACCAUGGAGAAUCUUUGUCAUAACAUCAAAAGGAAUUUCUCUCUGCCAAUCUUGCAGUUGAAUAAACUUUCUGCUGAAAAGGAUACCGGCAGAGAUGUUGAAGCAGUAAAAUCAGCAAAGAGCAGGUUAGGUGGCCACGUAUGCAAUUCGAGUGAAAAUGAAUUGAAGCAUGUUUCUGGAAAUGCUAGUGACUUUGAGGCUCUAGAGGUUCAGAAAAGCUUGCUGACAGAUGUGGAUGCUACAGGAGAACACGGAGAAGAACCAAAUCCUGCAAGCAGUGAUCUUUCACAACAAUCUCAGGUUUUGGAAGAGUCAUCCAGUUGUUCGUCAUUCUCCGUAUCAAGUAAUCAUAGAGAUACAUGCAGUGAAAGCGCAGUACAGGUUGGAGAAAAUACAGAAGAGACAAGACAUGGUGAUCAACUCAAAGAGUCACAUACAGGCAUUGGAACGGAAGAAGUACAAUCUCAUCAUCCCUUGGAAGAGACAUCAAGCUGUUCCUCAUUCCCCACAUCGACUAAUCAUACAGAUUCAUGCAGUGAAAGAGCGACCCAGGCUGAAGAGGAUGCAGAAGAUGCACUGCAUGGUGAUCAAACCAAAGAGUCACAUUCAGGCAUUGAAAUGGAAGACGUUGCAGCUCAUCCUGUAGGUGACAUCGCUGACACACUCAAGAUUCAAGAAAGAAGCCAAGGAGUGGAAGAAUACUCAUGCACCGCGACUGAAAUCAUCACAAAGGAAUCGGAACUUUCUCCAAACGCCGUCCUGAAAGAGCGGCGGCCACAUGCUCUAUCCAAGCUAUCUGCGACAAGAAAAGUUGGCUCCAUGAACAACCUCUACAGGAAUGUCCAUGUCACCACCGAGAAGAGCUCAACACCACGAGGGAAGAGCUCAACGCCACGAGCUGGCGUCGAGAGGACCAGAUCAAGGCUGAAGCGGGUGCAGAGCGAGAAGAUGGUUGAGAUGAAUGACAACAGGAGAAGCAAGGAGCAGAUCAUAAUGCUCAAGGAGGUGUACGAGCAGCUCAACAUGAUAGAGUCACACAUGAGGCCUUCAACUUCACAGGAGACCCCUCGGAAUGAACAAUCCUUGGACUCUGUUUUGGAGGCGGCUUUGUCCUUCUCCAUAUAGCCCCGUUGUGGCUUCUACUCUACAAUCUGAGCUUCUAAAGCAUAUCUUGAGAGGCCAUCUACCAAGGAUAAACUCUUCCAUGCAUUCCCUACAUAGCCAGCUGCACAGUGUUUUGUAUACAUUGUAGAACCACAAAGUCUGGUGAGCUGUGACUGACCUGACGUCCAAUCUUCGGCAUCCGUUGUAGCAACCUUUUUUUUUUCACUGCAGUUGCAACCUGUGCAGCUGUUACUUAUGUACAUAUAAACUUGCAUGAGGCAUUGGGGCCUAUGGUGAAAUCAACAUGUGUUGCACCUUAGAUACUGUCAGAAAAAUAUAUCAGCUCAACCUUGGACGGGCCAUGUGUCAGAUUUGACACGUUCAUUCGAAUACAUCAUGACUCUGAAUCACUUCGAGUCUGAUCCAUGGUUCGCGAAACCGCAGGAGGACCUCCAACUACAACCUGGUGGAGGCGCAGUUACUAACCGCGGAAACCAUAAAUACCACCACAAAUU